AAUGACCCUGCUUAUGGAUGGUGUUUGAGAUGGCAAGCAGCAGAUGCAAAUGAAGUAUGUGCAGUUGACUGUUUUAUUCUCGAGGACGGAAUUGAGUACAUUGUCUGCCAAACCAAAAGCCGUCCUCAGAAGGUAUGUUUGUGUCCUUUCCUGCCUGUACAUCCGCUAAAGGUCUCUACCUGCUUGUAUAUAAUUCAGCAUCCAGCAGAGGAAAGUCGAGUGUUAAGAACGGUACCUUUACUAGCGGCUUGUCUCCCUCCAGAAAAAUGUAAAAUUUUGGUUGGUCGACGUUUUAAUGAAGACAGGUAUCCUGAACUAGCAACUGUGUGCAGAAAUCCCAAUACUCUAAUUUUGUAUCCUGGAGCUGAAGCAACUGAUUUGGAAGAAUUUGCAGUGAUGUCUUCUAGUCCAUCUGUUAUGAUCAUCAUUGAUGGAACAUGGAGUCAGGCUAAAGAUAUAUUUUACAAAAAUGCUCUCUUCCGCCUUCCCAAGCAGGUGCAGUUAAAACCCAGUAUUUCAAGUCAAUAUGUAAUUCGUACACAACCAACAAACACCUGUCUGUCUACUCUUGAAUGUGCAGCUGUUGCUCUUUCCAUCUUGGAAAAAAAUAAAAGUAUACAAGAGACUAUACUCCAUCCGCUUCAAGCUUUAUGCUCUUUCCAACUUCAGCAUGGUGCCCAAAUCCAUCAUAGCAAAGAGCAUCUUCUCAAAAAUGGCUUAUAUGACAAGCCCAUGCCAAAGAAUAAACGCAAACUCAGAAGAAUGGAGCUUCUGGUGAAUAAUGUUAAAAUAUAAGAAAACUGUACUGACUGUACAGUGGGAUUUAUUUGCACCUAGCAAAUGAAUAUUAAUCUGGAUUUGAUCCAAAUAGUUGACUGUAAUAAAACAACUUUUAGGCCCUUCUUAGGCAGGAGUUUACCUACCAAUGUGACAAACAGUAAUGGACAAGCUUUUUCAUUUAUGCAGUAAGCCAGGUGCCUUUGUUCAGAUGAUGAAGGAGCAUUCUCAUUUCCUGUAGAGAAGAGGAAGAAAACUGAACAUAAUUUAGACUUAUGUUAUCACUUGGGUGUCAGAUAUGAUCCUCAGUAUGACUGGAUGAAUUUAUUUUGGAGAGGUUUUUAUCAAUACAAAGAGACAAGAAAUAUGAAUACGGAUGUGAUGGAAUUGUAAGGCUUCAGCAGUCAAAAUUAUGUUGAAUUUUUAGCUUCAGUGUCUAAUUACAGUAGGCUUUCAAAACACAAUUCCUUAUAUUCUUUAGUUCAGAUGAGCAUAAGGCGUGUUAUUUGGACAGUUCUUUCUAACUUCAAGAUUUUUAUUUCUUGUAUUAUUAGAACUCCUUUUUGUAAAUUUACAUGUAUUUUACAAUG